AGGAGCUCGCCGGCCGCGCAUGCGUCCUUGGGCGGCGGGAGUUUUCUAAGGGGCGGCUUUGGCGCCGCCGGAAGGCAGUGAAAUGGUCCCAGAGUUGGAAGGAGCAACGGCCUUGGUGCAGCGCGUUCAGGGGUAACCCGGCGUCGCGGAGAGAGUGACCUGCGGCCUUGUGUUUCGGAGACGGAGGCUCUAGGUUGGACAGGCGUCUCUCUGAGGUGAGGAAGUCGCAGGCCCGUUCCCGGACGAGGCCUUCCUCACCCCCGCACCAGCCUCUUUGGGGUCGGACACCGCGGCUCAGCCCACACCCCGCCUGCCCGUCGUCACCCCCGACACCGGGGUUCUCCACUCAGGAUGACUUCUAGACCGGAGAUGGUAGUGCUAGAAGAGGAACCAGUGGCAUCUAAGACUCAUGAUCGUCAACUGGAAUCAGAUCCCAACCCUGUGGACGUGUGUAAUAAAUCGUCCGCCUCCCUGGAGAUGACUGAACGUGUUUCAAAGGAACGAAUUCACCGUGGCUGUAGCCCCCAAAAAGGGGACAGUGGUGAUCUCAGCCACCAGGAAGGACUUGAAUCCAGGUCCCUUCAUUUGUCCCCACAAGAGCAGUCUGCCUGUCAUCAAGACAGGAGGCAGUCCUGGCGGCGAGCAAGUAUGAAAGAAACGAACCGGCGGAAGUCACUGCCUCCCUUUCAUCAGGGCAUCACAGAGCUCUGCAGAUCCAUCAGUGUCGACCUAACAGAAAGCAAACGGCUGAGCUCUCUCCUCCUUUCCAGUUUCCAGUUCUCUGUUCAGAAACUUGAACCUUUCCUAAGGGGAACUGAGGGCUUCAGUCUUGAAAGUUUUAGAGCCAAAGCAUCUUCCCUUUCUGAAGAAUUGAAACAUUUUGCAGACAGACUGGAAAGUAAUGGAACACUACAAAAAUGUUUUGAAGAUUCAGAAGGAAAAGUAUCAGAUUUGGCUCUGGAAACAUCAGUGGCUGAGAUGAAGGAAUAUAUAACAAAGUUUUCUUUAGAACGUCAGAGUUGGGAUCAGCUCUUGCUGCGCUACCAGAAAGAGGCUGAAGAGAUCCUAUCAAGAGGAUCAGCUGAAACCAAAAAUACUGAAGUUGAAGUGGAACCUAGAAUGUAUGUUGGGUCUUCCCAGAGUGAAGUCCUUAAUACAAAACCUGACUACCAGAAGAUAUUGCAGAACCAGACUAAACUCUUUGAUUGUAUGGAGUUGGUGAUGGACGAACUGCAAGGAUCCGUGAAGCAGCUGCACGCCUUUAUGGCCGAAAGUACCCAGUGCCUCCAGGAGGUGUCAGUACAGCUCGGGAAGAGAAGCACUCAACAGUUAGAUCCUUCACCAGCUCGAAAACUGCUCAAGCUUCAGUUACAGAAGCAACCUAGCACAUAUUGCUCUAAAUCUUGUCAGUGACCGUAUGCAGCUUUUCUGCCACAAGGUGCUCUAGAGGAGAGAAACCCCAAGAGUGCCCCAGUGCACAGCAGGCUGAGCUGUGACAUCUGCCCUGUUGCCUUUGAAGAUAACUGGCUGACUGUAAAGCACUCUGAUUUUUUUUCUUAAAAUGGAAUUUAUGCAUUUGAAAGAAUGUCAUAUACAAGCUGUUUCCAAAAACGGGCAAAAUGCUUGAGACUUUGCUUUGGAAUGACCUCCAGAACUAGUGGCCCAUUCUUUGAAAUAUCCUUUGUGAUUAGAAAUCUUCUUACUCUGAAGAUGUUUUUGAGGUUUUGAAACAACCUAAAGUCAUCCAGGACCAAAUCCAGUAAGCAUUUUAGGGGUCAUUCUGGUUGUAAACAGAAUGAGACUGAUUUUCUCCUGUGACUUUAAGGGUGAUGUUAGGUAGAGGAGUUGUGAGCAUUGUUUGCAUUGUAUGGAUACAUAUAUCUCCUCACAAGAUUCCCAAAUUGAAGAUAAUAACACUCAUUCUGUAUAUCCUGAUGUCUGUAAUGUGUUUUAGCUUUUUUGGCGGGGCGUGCUACACCAUGUGGCAUGCAAGAUCUUAGUUCCCCAACCAGGGAUCGAACCCAUGCCCCCUGUGGUGGAAGUGUGGAGUCCUAACCAUUGCCAGGGAAGUCCAGUAUAGUCUGCUUUAGCUUCUAAUGUUGAGUUGACAUCCUAAAUUCUAGAUUCAUGGCAAGAAGGGGUUAAGUAUCUCUUUCAUUGUUCUCCGUAUUUGUUAAUGAUUUGCAUUAUAAGAUUGCAUGUUCUUAAAAGCUUUCUCUUGUCCUUUUAAGAGGACAAGAGAAAAUGAAAAGGCGGGGAAGGCUUAGCAGAAAAUAGGAUUCUUUGUCAGGACCCAGAAGUGAACAGUAGCGUGGACAGUGUUAACAACCAAUAAAACACCAACUAAUUUA